CAUUAUUCCUUAUUCCAUUAUUCCUGGAAUAAGGAAGCUGGUCUGGUUCUGUAAAGAGGCCUUUGGUGUGUGAUUUUUGGGGUCCAAGAAGUGUUGUGAACUUGUGACUUGUGAUUCCUCUCUGUGCUUCAGAAGGAAGCAACCCAUAUUUUAAUUUAUUUGAACACUGUAUAGAACGGGAAGAAAAAAAAGUUAAUUUUAGACAUACCCAGAAGUGUAGAUGGAUAUCUUCAAAGUAAAAAGGUUUAGAAAAGCUCAUAAACCGAAUCCAGAGAAAGAUCUGGAGGAUAAACCGGUGCCACCACCUGAGGAACCUGCUAGGAACGAAAAUGGAGGUAACUUGACUAAAUCAGAUAAGGCCGAUCCUGUCGUCGAAACUGAGGAUGAGGAUGAUGAUGGUGAGGAUGAUGACUUCAUAACUAAUGAGGUGAAGAGGCGGCUGAAAGAGUUGAGAAGGAACAGCUUUAUGGUUUUGAUACCGGAAGAAUCAUGCCCAGAAGAAGGGGAAGAGGAAGAAGAAGAGGAGACGACUUCGAGCGAGUGGAGGGACACAGAAGUGGUGGAAAAUUGUCACACAUGGUGGGAUUUCAGCACAAUGUACGAAAAAUAUUGCGAGAGGAUGUUGUUCUUUGAUCGAAUGAGUGCUCAGCAGUUGCAGGAAGCAGUCACAGGAUGUGCAGUUCCUAACAACCCAUCACCAAGGUCUGCAUCUAAGAAGCUGGUAUCUACCCUUCGUAGCCUCUCUUUUAAGAAACGGGAAGAGCCUCAAGAUGAGAGUGAACACUUGCAGCAGAGGCAAGGUGACCCAUACCAGGAUCUUGAAACAGCAUAUGUAGCACAUGUUUGUUUGACUUGGGAAGCGCUUCAUUGUCAGUACACACAACUAAGCCAGAAAAUCCUGACCCAUCCUGAAAGUCCUACCUGUUACAACCAUGCUGCUCAGCAAUUUCAGCAAUUCCAUGUCUUAUUACAAAGAUUCAUUGAAAAUGAGCCCUUUGAGCAGGGUGCCAGGGUGAAUAUUUAUACACGAACAAGAAAUUCCAUGCCCAAGUUACUUCAGGCUCCAGGUAUUCAAGGCUCAGACCAGAACAAAGAGGAAGAAGCUGAUUCACUGGUCCUUGCCUCUGACCUAAUUAGAAUAAUUGAGGAUUCAAUCCUUACCUUCCGCCUUUUCUUGAAGAUGGACAAGAAAAAACCUGGUAGUGUUCUGAAUCUAUUUGGAGGCCAAAACCAGAUUGCAAGCCCACUUCAACAGAUUCUAUCUUUUCUCGAGAAGAAGGAGAUGAAACUGAAGGAACUGCACAAAAAGAAGGGUGGGAAAAAGAAAUCCUGGCCUACAACAUUGGAGGGAGUAGAACUGUUUUUCGGUCUCGUUGACAUUAAAGUCAUUGCGAGGGUUCUGAGAAUGGUGAGAAUCACUAAAGAACAGCUAAUCUGGUGUGAAGAGAAGAUGAACAAGCUUGAUAUAUUAGAAGGCAAGUUGAGGAGAGAUAGUUCUCCUCUUCUAUUCCCUUGCUGAUGGUGGUAGGCCACUCACCUUCCAUGUAUAAAGAAGAGUUCCUUGCUCAAGUGGUAGAGAUAUAUUGGACUGUUUCAUCUAAACAGAGAGUAUGUGAGAGCACACAAGAUACUUGCUGGUUGGCAUUUGAUUCCAGUUACCAACUGAUCAUAGUGACUGCUAAAUUUGUGGGAUGUGUUGUUUCUCAUCCCUUAGCCAAGCCUAAUUUUGAACUUUUUUUAUAGUGACAAUGGUCUUUCAUUCA